AUGUCGUCGCCAGAGCAGACAAUACACACACAUCACUGCAUCUGCACGCAGCUCGUACUGGCCAGCACGUCGACCCUCGAGAGCCUCAAGACCCGCUCCUCCGACUUGUCGCAUAUCCUCCCUCUCCCAGACCUCUCUUCAGUCUCGACAACCUCGCACUAUGCAUCGCUGACCAACACCGUCAUCGACACCAAGCCCACUGUCAUUCGCCUUGACGAUGGAUUUGAGAAGCGCUACUUCCACAAAUGCGGCCGUUGCGACUUAAACAUUGCCUAUACACUUGACCAGAGCCAAUUUGAGGAUACAAAGACGUCUUCUGGAGCUAGAGAGAACGUCGCAUUCUUGAUGCCUGGUGGCCUGAUGUCGACUGAGGAUAUGAAGAGUGGAAGGGAUAUGGAUGCUGAGAUUGCCAAGGUCGGCGUCAAAGCUGCUUGA